AUGGCAUCAAACACUCCAGCGUCUGCCAAGCCCCAGGGUCCUUUCACAGGUGGCUGUGCUUGCCGGACGAUUCGCUAUAGUCUCCCCUCACGUCCGAUAUAUAUACACGCGUGCCAUUGUCGGUACUGCCAGCGCGAGACGGGAUCCGCGUUCGCGCUGAACGCCAUGUAUGAAGCCGGCCUGGUCAAUGUCACCACCCCCGCACAGCCAGAGCUCGUCCCGACGUCGACUGAGUCGGGCACUCCACAGACCAUAGCGCGAUGCCCUCACUGCCGCGUGGCCGUGUGGAGUAACUACGGCAAACAUGGCGGGGACCACAUCAGGAUCAUCCGGGUAGGCACUCUCGACGAGCCGGAUGUGGCGGGGUUCGAGCCGGAGAUGCAUAUCUACACCAGCACCAAACAGCCGUGGGUGGUGUUGACGGGUGAAGUACCAUUUGUGGAUGAGUUUUAUGAUCUACCGGACUAUUGGCCACAGGACAGGCUGGAAAGAUUGAACCGGGCAUUGGAGGCUAGCCUUAAUUGA